AAAAGGGAAGAUAACUAGUUGGAACAGCAUUGUAAAGGAAAAGCACGUAGCGGCGCCUUGUUAUGAUCACGUGGUUUUGUUUACACGGAACUGAGAAAAAUCACGUGACUGCCGUCGAAUAAUAACUUAAAUAAGCGUAUCCAGACUGUAGAUUGUAUGUUCGCCAUAUUAGCGAUUUGCGUAUAGUCACCACGUUAUCGGAGAACCGACGUUGAAGAGCUCGAUUUCUGGUUGAAAUUUCCUCUGCAGGGAACGUGAAUUUAACAAAGCAAAUUGAAGGGCUAACAAAGGUGUACGGAAUCUUCAAAUUAUUUGGAGCCAAAUUGGAGGGCUGGCUUUAGCAGUGGUCUGUCCUUUGCAGCUCAUUGUUGGGUUUGACUGAGUAUCUGCAGACUAUGAAGUAAAUCAAUACAAAAUCACCUACCUGACCUUUACAGUACAUAUAUUGGCACGCUGACAAGUUCAAUCUUUUAUGUGUGUUUGACAUCAAUAGGUUUGUAGGCGCAACAAACUGUGAUCCAUAUAGACUGGUGGAGUAAAUAAUGCAAUAUGGUUCUAAUAAUUGUGUGAAUAUUGACAGAAAAUAAACUGCAUCUUUGUUCUGCUACAAGAUAUUCCUGAAGCUCUGCAGAGAAAGUUUAUUGAAGACCUGCUAUGCUAUUGAUUAAGCUGAACUUUAUCUGAUGGGAAAUAUUUCCUGCUUGAAUAACAAAAAGCAAGGAACAAGAGAAGUGAAAGGUCUGGAGACAUUUAUGUUGAAUAAUAUGAAGUUGUUUUCCACAUCUUUGGAGAUUUUGCUAGUGGAGAGAUUUGUUUUAAGUUCAAAAAGGUAGAUAAGAUAGUCCAUGACUCAUUCUUAUGUCAGCACUGAUAUGUCAGAAUACAUGUACUCUUUGCACACUGUAAACAUUGGGCAUUGGAUAGUUAUCAAGCAGGAAGAAAGGAGGAAAUAAAUUCAUUUGAUAUGUUUCAAUGACACAAGUUCCUGAAUAACAGGAUUUCAUGUAUAGCUUGAGACUUAACCAUUAAAGAUAAAGGGAUCAGCAGGUGGACUUAAUGAUCAGAUAUUGAUCCAUUUAAUUGAUUGUGUUCAUUUCAACAAGUUGGAAAAUGGUGAAGACGUUCCAGGCAUACCUGCCAAAUAAAUGUCACCGGCUGUACAGCUGCGUGCAUUGUCGUGCGCACCUCGCAAACCAUGACGAACUCAUUUCAAAGUCAUUCCAAGGCAGUCAGGGCAGAGCAUACCUGUUCAAUUCAGUCGUGAACAUUGGGUGUGGACCGGCUGAGGAGCGGGUGCUGCUGACAGGUCUGCAUGCUGUCGCUGACAUCUUUUGUGAGUGCUGUAAGACUACCCUCGGCUGGAAAUACGAGCAUGCCUUCGAGUCCAGUCAGAAGUACAAGGAGGGGAAGUUCAUCAUAGAGCUGGCUCACAUGAUCAAGGAUAACGGGUGGGACUAGCAGCAAACAUAGCACAGACUUCUGCUGGUGAACACAAGGGGAAUUAUCAACAGACAUUUAGGUUGAAGGGAUGCCCCAACCUAGGAGAUUCACAUAACAAAUUAGGGGAAAAUACAGCGGGCAGGAGGGACAGUAAUAAUUUCAACAUCUGGCUAAUAGACAUUGCUGUGUAAAGAUGCAGUUUGUCUAAUCUCUGACGUUUGUUUGGAGCAUGUUGAAAAUAGAUACAAGACACCCUGUUGAAUUCAAUGUAAUUAUUUAGUCAUAUAAUAGAAAAUGACAAAGUAUUCAAACUUGAAUGGAAGAAUAGUAGAUGACCUCAUUUUAUCCGCCCCUGAUGUUGUUCACCGUUGGAUGGUUUGAUGGAUCUCAAUAUUUUACAUUCCCACUUGCAUAUAAUUGUGUGGUCUUUCAUUACUUUCACCCAUUCAUCUGAAUCAUUUACAAUAAAACUGCGUGACAUUCUUCAUCUUGCAUAAAAAUGACUGAGACUUUGCCUUGGUAUUAUGACAUAAGGACAUUUCCAGUAAAGACAGUAUACAUUGGAAGGAACUCUUAAGCCCUUUGGGGAAUUAGACCUUUGCCACAUAUAUACCAAUAAAAUUCUAUAAGGUGCUUAUGUGACAUGGAAAGUUGAUGUGUAACAUGUUUGAAGUAAAAGGCCAUUAACCCUUUCAGUGCGUGAACCAAAUUUUAAAGGCCUUUGCAAACAGUUUGGAUCCAGAUAAGACGCCACAGAACGUGGUGUCUCAUCUGGAUCCAAACUGUUUGCUAUUCUGAUAGUAUUCUUUGAAAAAAAAUGAAGGAAAUGCUAAUUUUUGAAAUUCAGCAGACUACAUUUUAGCAGAAGACAAAUUUCCCAGCAUGCAAAGGGUUAAUUUGAUGCCUUCAGCAUGGAGACUGAAAAUAUACAGACCUAUGGUUUGAUAAUGGUGCUGUAAGUGGAUACUGCAGAAUGCAGCUGCAGUCACAUAGGUUGAUUAAUGUUACCACAAAGAACCUAUAUUGAACAACUUGACUAUAAAUCACUGCUUAAGGGAGGCUGCUGUAAUGAGUUGGGUGGAAGGUUUCAUUUUUUAAUGAGACAGAGUGCAUAUGUGGCAAUUCUGCAGAACUACAUCAGUCUUGAUUGAUAAUGGAGAAACCAUGGAAACAGCCUGGACUGGGCUCACAGGAAGAGAGGCAGAGGAACUGGUGUUGUGUACAGCUAGUAGCUGAUAUCUGAACACUUCUUAAUGACCUUCAUGUCAGGUUUUUACAUUCAUAUUAAAAAUGUUCCAUUUUAUGUUUUUCUUGUAAUUUAUUGGUACUAGAAUUGUGUUUGUGAUUUAAUCCUUGUAUACAGAUUUUGAGUGCAUUUGAUAAGUGAAUAGUCUUGUUUUAGGCUUGUAAUUGUAAACAGUAUUGUUUUUGUCUUGCAAUUUUAGUGUAUGUGACACAAGUUUAAGGGAUAAUUUGUCUUAGUGCUUAUAAUUUAAUGUAAUGUGUAUGCAGGGCUAUUGUUAAAUUAUUUAUAACAACAGUUGAGUAGGCCAAUAUCAUUUGAGAAGUAAAUUUAAUUGAUGAUAUCUCAUGUCUUGUGUUAAAAAAAAACAUUUAUCAUUUUCAAUUUUGGAAAGGACCAAAAAAAUAAGCAUGUUUAACAAUAUAAUAUUGUAGCCUGUGAUACCUCAGGAAAUUGUAUUCAUGUGAUAGUUUUUCUUUUCUUUAAUUUUUUUUCUUUAUGAGUGUUAUAUUUCCCCAAAUUGGAUGGAAAGUUUGGUUUUCUGUUUCAGAAAAAAAAAUACUGGUAACAACAUGAUAGCAUCGCAUUUUUAAAAUUCAUCAUUUUUAAAAAUGAUUUUGGAAAGAACUUUUCAGUUAACAUGUUAACAUUGAAAAACACAGAAAAACAACACAUUUUCGGUGCAACAUAUCAGAAAUCUUUUAUUUUUCUAUAACCAAGAAAGUAGAUUACAAAUAUUGUUUUAAUUCAGACAAAUUGAUAACCGGUUAACAAAGAUCUCGUAUGAAGGCUGAAUUGUUUGUGUUGUUUGUAAAUGCAUCAUUAUUGAUUGAUAAUAUGCUACUUGAUUGUAUUGAUUUCCCUGGUCACUUUGUAUGAAUAUCAAUCUGUACCUGAUUGUAUCCAUGUAUAAUCAAAUAUUCAUGUCUGGGUUCUGUAACUUGUAAUUCUGUAAUGUAUAACCCAUAUGAGUGUAGCCUCUCCCCACAUGAGCAUGCUGAGACUUAUGUUCUUUUAAGGAUAACAUUAAUCUUGUUUUCAUUCUAACAGGAUACAUGUAAUCUCACAGUAUUUAAUGAAUUGAUGAAUAUAAUGCACUUAACAAUGCACUAAACAAUGCAAGGUAAUUUAUAAUGUUACAAGAACAAGCGAUUUACACAAUAAUGAUAUAAAGUAUCACGUAAUGUAUUAAUGUGCAUGUUCAAAUUACAUGGUUUUUAACAGAUUGAAGAGACUGUACUUCAAAUAGAUUUCCUUGAGCGUGUGACAAUGCACUAUGCUUAAAUGUUGCAAUAUGUCAUUGAGAAAACAUGUUGAGUUACAGCACUUAAUUCCAUUUUUAACUAUCUUGAAACGGUGCUCUUCACAUGCUUAUUAUAUAUAAAUUGUGAUGAUUACCGGUAAUGUAACCGUGCAUCUUUUCCUUGAAAUUACAGGAACAAGUUACAGCACCACAAGUAUUAACAUGAUUUAGUGUAUUGAUUACACGUUAGCUUCUGUUGAUGUGGGUGUUUGCUAACAAGUUACAGCACCACAAGUAUUAACAUGAUUUAGUGUAUUGAUUACACGUUAGCUUCUGUUGAUGUGGGUGUUUGCGCUAUGAACAUUUGCAAUCAUAGCAUGUUGUUUACUAUCAAUAAGAUUGAUAAUAACUUAACCCAUUCAUGCCCAAUGGACUCUCCCAUCCUUCAAAGUUGGAUCCACGUAUUUCCAAAAUUAGGGAUGUCUAGUAUAUUUAUUUCUAUGUUUAGAAUAAUUCUUACAGAAAUUCAUUUAAGCAAACAGCCUAGACCCAGAUGAGACGCCGCAUCAUGCGGCGUCUCAUCUGGGUUUACGCUGUUUGCAAUGUCCUUUUUUCAGGACGCUACGCAUGAAUGGGUUAAUAAUGCAUCUUUUGUCAAUAUUAUGAGCUACAUCAUGUGAACAUGAGUCUUAUGCCAAAUACAGCCAGCAUAGUUCAACACCAGCUAGGGCAUUCCUGCAGUCUGGUCAGGACCUACCCUGUCUGCUAAUGAGACCAUAUAACCUUGUGUGACUAUAGCAGACCAGACUGUGUUAAUGCGCAGGCUGAUCUAGAGCCACGCUCUCCACGUAUGGUUUAAGACCCGUUUUUGUAUGACACUGGCCAUAUUUUAACUAUGUUCCCAGCAACCAUGUGCUAUUUUUGCUAGGGUCUGAUUGUGAUGUUGUGAUGACUUAUGACUAUGAGGGGUAUGUUUGUUAUUACUGGCAUUGAAUGUUCAUUUUUUCAAUCCCCACAAUUAUUAUUUAUUAUGGAACAUAUGCAGAUCAUAUGCCAUGAAAGAUUUUUAGACAUUAAAAGCAGUAAUAUUGGGGUGUACAAUUAUAUAUUUUUACUUUUCUAUCGGAAUAUGAAUUGUAAUUGAAUUAUAUUUUUUUUAAUUCCUUGGUAAUGUCAGAAUGACAUCAUCUCAAUAUCGAUAUUUUUCUAAAUCCUUAUUAAAGUUAUAUAAAACAUUUCUACAACUCAAUAUUAUGAAAAGUAUUUUCUACAAAAUUAUGAGAAUAUUUCCCGAAGUUUUGAAUCUCAGAGCUUGAGGCUUGACUGUGAUAAUUGGGUUGCAAUACUUGUACAUUCUAAUGAAACUUUAGUGGUUACACAGCACCAUACCAGUGUGUGGAUCAGAAAAUUCUCAAUGCUUGUAAACAACAAGGUUACAACUAACUCUUAUUAAGAUUUGGACAUGUAUUGCUCUUGUUUCUGAUAAUAUUGUUGUACCCAAAAGCCAAAAUAAAAAAGUUGUUAGUGUGUAACCUCCUGGUAUUCAUUAUUAUGUACUACUCCGGCUCUGUGAUUCCUGACUAACGAAAGUUCUCAUUAGUGCUGAUGUUUUCGAUGUUGUGAUAUUGUUAUAUAUGAAAUAUGUGUUCUCUAGUCAAUUAUUGUAAUGGAAAAUUAUUUAUUGUUAAAGUAGAUGAUGUUUUGGUAACUUCCUUGUGUUUUUUGGAAGAAAAUACUAUAAAAUACUGUUCUCAGAACCAAAACUAUAAGUGCUCACAUAAAUUUUAUCUUCGCUUUAAAAAUUUUGUUAAACACACACACUUUGUUUGCAUUCUUAUUUGUAUCAAAAGGAAGAAUACAUACAAAAUAUUGAGUCAGCAAAUAGUGGAUACAAAGAUGAAAUAAUGGCACGAUUGAACAGGGGCAAAAACGUAGAAUGGGUGUGUUAUAUGCUUUAAAUGUUAAUUUUCGUGCAAAUCUUCGUUUAUUCUUAUGCCAAUUUUCGACAAGACUGGUGUGUGAUGAUCAAUCGAUGCCUACAUGACAUGUAUACAUGAAUGUAUUUUGUAUGUUUUUUACACCAGGGAUGAUGUUGACCAGUGUUGUGCUGUUUUCUAGAUUUCUAGAGUUUGAUGAAGUCGUGGGCAGUGGGGUUACUUAGUUGUUGUCAACAUGUAGUACGCAUUAUUGUUACUGUACAGUAGUCGUGUAACAUGCAUUGACUAUAUAUAAUAAGUGGUCGUGUAAAUGUUUGUUAAAUGUUUGCAUUCCAUUACAACAUUUGGAUAUAUUUUUUCUACAUAUACAGCACCGUGCAUAUUCAUUUUAUUAAAAACAACAUUUCAAGUCUGCCAGUUUAAAUUUGAAAUAAUACAAAGACAUGUAUACAUUUUCCAACAAAUGCCUAAUAAUAGUUUGAAGCUCUAAUGUGCAACAUAUGUUGGAGCGCAGGCUAAUCUACGAUGACACUUACACUCGAUUUUUGAUCGGAAGUGACUUCCUGAAAAAGAACAAUUUCAUACAAGCGGAAAGUGUCUUCCCUGAUUAGCUUGUGUGCACUGCACAGGCUACCAGCUCAUCAACAUGCUUAUAGUACAGCCAUUAGGUUCAAUGUAAGUACAAUGUUAAUACUGAGGUUUUUAGGUUAGCAGAGCAAUUAAAUCUAUGACAUGCCAUUCUGUAACUUUAUGUCACUGUUUUACAGUAAGGUUAUUGAUAUUUCAACUUUACCGGUAAUUCAUUGUUAUUCACUCACUUAUUAGCUCAAUAUCUAUCUAAAACUUGAAAGCAAUAUUUUUGUCCUAAUUAGUCUUUGUAAUUUUGUGCAUUAGGAUGUCAAGCCCAUCUCAUUUCUGUAGAACACAAAGCCUUUUUUCACCAUUGACUUUCAUUACCUAAGCUCAUGUUUUCUUCAUAUAAAAUCAUUUUAAAUCAGGUUUGUUGUGCUUUCAGUAUGUAAUUUGUCAGUUUAGAUAUAGUGCAUAAUUUGUUACUUGUAGUUAUUUUUCUGCAUUCUUUACAUAUUUUGAGUUAUUUUUUGUCUUCAUUCAGUAUGAACUUUGUCAAGCUUUGGCUAAUAAACUUAUUAAACGUG